AUGGUUCUCUUGUCCCUCCUUGGGCUUCUCAUAAGUUGGGAGUUCUCUAUCAACACAAAACAAGAUGCAAUAAAAGAGAUGAAGAAAAUUCUUUUAAAAAACAAGAAAAAAAUAGGUGAUGCUGAAGGGAAACUUGAAGAGGACACUGAAAGAUUUGAAGAAUUUUUGAAGGAAACUGAUAGAAAUGUAGUGGAGGCUUUGAAACUUGCAGACCAAGAAACUAAAGCUAAACUUGAAAAGAUCACAGAAACCAAGAAAGUCACUGCAGAAAUUCUGGCACUUAAAAGUGACAUUGCUAAAUGUGAAGAGACUCUUAAGGAGUACAAAUUAUAUGAACAUUUCCUUAGCCUGUUGUCUCCAUCGGAAUGGCGGGAAGCUCAAAAUGAGAAAAGAGUAAUCAGGGAGGAGGCAGCAAAGAAAACAUAUAGAGAAAGAAGUUUGCUUUUUCCACCUGUAACAAAAAGGUCAGAUGGAAAGUUAAUGAGAUUAUUGUCUAAAGCAGAAGCUAUGAGAGAGCAUAGAUAUCUGCCCUCUCGUAUGUCAUCUGUCACUGAAAGUAAGAGAUCAUCAACUAGAACUCCCAGUGAAGCUUCUACUGAUGAGCGGGAAACGCAAACUGGCAAUUCAGACAGUGAAGAGGAGCCUGAACUAUAUUUCACUGAUCCCCAACAGCUACUUCAGAUUUUUGCAGAUCUGGAAGAACAAAAUGCAAUUUUAAUGAAAAAGGCUCAAGAAUUAGAUGAAGCUAUGCAGGAAAUCAAAGCAAGAAAGACCACCAGUCAGGAAAGAAUGAACCAGAAAAUAAAAGCUCUUAAUGAACAGAAGAACAUGCUUUCAGAGGCCUUAGUCAAAGAACAAGAACAGAUUGCAGAACUUGAGCUGAAAACUAAGAUGUUUACUUUUGAGAAUGUGACAUUAGAAGAUCAGGAUAACAUUUUAGCUACACUAAAGAAAAAAAUUACAGAUGUAUACACAAGUUGUAUAGGUGAGGUCCAGGCAGCAAUAGACACUGUGCAAAUGUUAUCAAGCAUUGAAAAUCGACUUGGAGAAUUGCAAGACGCAUUAGAGUCACUUCCAAAGGAAAUGGUUGCAGCUGCACAAAAAGCAAAGCAAAGGGAAAGAAGGAUGAGAAACCAUCAAGAAAAGGUAAAGGAUGAAUUAGUAAAACAAGAAAAGCGUAUGAUGCGAUCCCUGGAAAGAGCAACCGCAUCUCCUUGCAGAACUGAAGGGAGGAAACUUAUGAAACGUUCUGAGCCUCCACUACAAUCAAGGCGGCAAAAAAAAAUGGUUGCUGAGAAUCUGGCAGCAAAGAAACAGGAAGAAUAUCAGUAUUUCUUUACUUGA